UUAUUGAUUAAUAGAAUUUUAAUUAUCGAAAAAUGACGAAUGAUGAUUUUUUGUUUAAAUUAAAAAAAAAUCGACACAUCAACACGAGUAAAAGCAUGCACCACACAUUCGAAAGACGAAAGCAUGGAAAAAUGUGAUUCCCGUGAUUCGUGAUGGCCGAAUACUAUCGAUAUAAUCGAUUAAUUAUUAUUUUUUUAUUUUGAAAAUUCGAAAUUUUUUCUGUCCACCUUUUGGUGGAAUAAAUUCAAAAAAUGUUUGAAUCGAAUACACAUUAAAUCAUAAAAAAAUGUUUGGUUUUGGAUUUUCUAUCGCCGAUUUCAAUGCCAUUGAUUGGACGAUAUUAUUUUUUCUAUCAUUCAUAUUGGCCAUUAUUUAUACAUUGAUCACUGGUUAUCUGAUUGGUAUGAGAAGUUUUCAUAUAUUCCUGAAAUGCGUUCUUGUGAAUCCAAGAUUAUUUUUCUUCAUUCUAAGACGACCAUAUUAUUUGUUUAAUUUUACACUUCAAUUUCACAUCAUCCGUAAAUUAAUGAAAAUGUAUGUUUUCAAUCGACCAUCAAUGGAACAAAUUAAAAAAAAUGUCAUUGCAUUCGAAAUCUAUAAAGAAACCUUACAAAAUGGUCGCCAUACAAUACUGUUGAAUUUGAUUGAAUUACGAUUGAUUCAAUUGCGUCGUGAUUUUGAAAAAAAAUAUCUUGGCUUCUCUGUUCUGAAUCGAUAUGGACGUGAAAAACGUGUUAAAAAAUUAGUCAAAGAUAUUGUAAAUCAAUUUGGCCUAGCAGUUGGAUGUGGACAACCAGAUGAUGAACAUUUGGCACGUGCAAUACGACUAGAAUCCAGAUUAGAACAGGAAAUUGUACGUAAAUUAAUGAUGCCUGGUAUUGAAGCUGAAUAUCUACCAACGGGUUUUAAUUGGGGCAGAAAACUAUCGAUACAAAUUUACAUGUGGAUAUUUCGUUCCACACGUAAUCGAUAAAUUCGAUUAUCGAAUAAUCCAGAACAGAAGAAACAAAAACCCGAUAAAAAAACCAAAAUCAAGAAAAAAAAAAUAUAACGAAAAAAAUUCGUGCAAAAUGGGAUCGACAAAAUCGAACGAUAAAGAAAUUGUCCAAAACGACAACAACAUCAACAACAAUGAUGAUGAUUAUGAAGAAGAAGAAGACGAAGAAUCCAGUGAUGAAUCAUUACACGAUGAAUGGAUUGAUCCAUUAUUGGAAAUGUAUUAUAAAUAUAUUGUAAAAAAAGAAAAAUCGAAACAAAAAUCAAAUGAUGAUAAUGGUGGUGGUCAAAAUAAUACCCAACGAUAAAAUAUGGUCAUCAUGUGUCUGUAUGUUGUGUGUUUAUGUUUAUUAUGGUUAUGAUGAUGAUGUGAUUUUUUUGUUUUAAAGAAAAUAAAAUUACAACAGAAAAAAAUUGAUCUUGUCGUUUGGUUUCUAAAUAUAUUCAUAUAAAUGUGUGUAUGUGUGUGUGUGCAUGAAUGAUAAAAAUCAAUAUGUUGAUGAUGUGCUAAUGAUAAUGAUGAAACGAAUUUUUUUUUCUCAUUGAAAAUAAUUCUGUUGUUGAUCAUAAUUAUCCAUUGAUGAGAAAUCUUCUUGUUGCUGCUGCUGUUGUUGUUGUUGUUGUUCGGCCAUCAUUUGCUGCAUCAUACUUGCAUAUGAUAUUGGUGGUGGUUCAAUAAUAUGAUUAUCAUUGCUAUUAUUACUAUUAUAAUCAUUAUUAUCGGCAUUAUUUUGUG